GCUGCUGCGGUUGCUGUUGCAACUUGUGGUGCUGCUGUUGCUGCCGGUGAUAAUGGUGGUGCUACGGUUGCAGUAAAUAAUAUUUAUUUAUUCGUUUAUGUAAUUUUCUUUUCUUUUUUUUUGUUGUUGUUGUUGUAAUACCACUGUCCACUUAAAUACUAGCAAUGUCCGUGUAAGCGUCUCUACUACUACUACUACAACUACAACUACUACUACUACCACCACCACCAUCACCACCACCGCUGCUGCCGGCACUUCUGCGACUAUUACCAGUUCCGCUACUAAUACAACAUCUGCUACUACUGCGACGACGAAGACUACUAACACUACUACUACUACUACUACUACUACUGCUACUACUACUACUACUGUUGCUGCUGUUUCUGUUACUACGGCCAGUGAAUUGGUGUCCUGCUGUGCCUCCCCGUCAUCUUCGGCAAGGACGCCAAUUUGUCCUGUUCGGGUUAGAAAAGACCUUAGUUACCAUGCAAACGUCACUGCAGAAACAACAACAGUCUGCCAGUCUAUAGAAUCAUGUCUCGGAGACCAGAGUUUGUUGGAAUCAACCUCUUGAAAGAAAUUCAUAUAAUCGCUUCAAAGCUGCAACAUACGGAAUAUCAAAGCCGAGCAUGGAAAUGCCACAACGAAAGAUUCCGAAAUAUCAUCUUCGAAAUUUUUUCCCACGGUCUCAAAUGGCUGACAAAGAAAAGAUGCUUUUGGGGUUUAGUCGAAGAGUUGACUCACUCAGAAGUAGUGAACGACAUCAAGAAAUACUCUGGUUCCAAAGAGUACAGACAAUGGUGUAUGAUCUGGGUACUUCAAGUCAUAGACGAAGGAAUGCUGUCUUGUUACUUGACAUCCAUGAACGUUAAACUGUUAUCAAAAUUUUACCAAUCUGAUGCACUUCUCAGAGAUGACGAUUUCUUCUCGAACCUGAUGACUGUCACACUAGAUUUAGAUCGAAACACGCAUGAAAAGAAAGAAAAAUUUAAGCUUGCUGCUGGCAGAGCAAAGUCAGUCAACGAAGAAAACGCAUCUUUGAACGCUUUUAUUAGUAGAAACUUUGGUGAGGAAGAACCAGUCCUUGACUCAAGGAUCGUUGAAAAAUAUGAACAUUGUGCGAGGAGGCCGGAUCAGAGAAAUUCUAUGAGAAAUGGUAUAGAACCGGCACCUAAUAAUAGACCCCCGCACAAUCUUACAAAGAAUAAAUCUCGAGAAAGUUUAACGAGUAGAAAGUCAUCAUCUUCGCUAAAAAGCAUUGGAAGCGAUUCUAUGCAAAACAAAACUAAAACGAAGACAAAAGGACGGACAUCGCCGAGUGUAAAGAGCACGAAAAUAAACGACAAACAUGUCAGGUGUUCUAUAUCUCCAUCGUCUUCAUGGUAUUAUGAUCCACUAAAUGCUGUAUGUAACAUUCCAUCGAUAAAACCAGUCCGAAGUUCAUCUACUGGAGCGUUAGUCAGUAUUAAUGACAAAUUCCAAGCAAAACGAAGUGCAAGCUGUAAUAAUAAUCCACUUGCGAAACGAAAUUCUCUUAAAAAGCACAACAGUUCCUUGGAUCAGAAUCUAAACCAUUCGAUUUCGAACUGUAGUUCAGUUGGCUCGCCUGAAACCGGAAGCAAGUUAUCCACGUCGAACUGUGUAAAAAUCCGGAAAUGUCGUACGCGUUCUCCUAGUAUAAGAAGUGUUAAUGAUGAUCUAAUUGGUUCUUCGCCUAAAGAAAACACCAAUGAAAUGUCUUGCUCUGACACUUCAACCAAAACACUCACCUCAGAAAUGGUGAAGGGUAUUCAUAAGCAACAUCCGUCUACCCAAAGCUCUCCGUCCAGUAAAAGCAGUAAACAAAAUAUUUCGCCAAAAUCAGAAGCGACUCAAGCCAAAAGGCAGUCUAAUGAGCCAAAGGAAUAUUCGCAAACUGAAAGUCUUGAAGAGAUGUUGAAAAAUUCUUCAAAUUUAUCAGCUACAAAAGAGAAGAGUAAAACGAAUCCUAAAAUGUAUGCUUCUGCAUUUUCUUCAUCGUCCACUUCAUCUUCAUCAUCCUCUCUGAAGGCCCCAAUAGCUGCCGCCGCUGCAGUUGCGCUUGGUCCACAAGGGGAUUGCGAGACGCUGGCUUUUCGAAAGACAAGCAAUAGGUCUUCUAGUAAAAUUAAUCGAAAAUCUUGGCCGUUUUACCAAAAUCAGUUGCUUGAUGUUUGUCAAGGAGCGCCUGGUGUCCCCAAGCUGAAAUCUAGCCCCCUUUCUACUGACCGUUUAACCAGAAUUGAAAAGAAGAAGCAACGCAGUCAAUCAUUUGAUAAGGACGGUGUUGUCAGUUUGACGACACCUUAUAUUAACACUCCUGCUAACGCUCAACCAAGGGUAUCUAAUUAUUCUAUCACCUCCUCUGGUUCAUUCGUUUCAGCUAGCAGCUACUCUACAGAAUCUUAUGAGUCUUUAUUUACAUCAGAAGAAUGCAACGAAGCAACGGAAGAAACCAGUAUGAAACAUUGCUCUUCUCACACCGAGUCAUCACUUACUCUUCAAUAUGUCAGUGCAGAAGGUGCAUCUGUCGGUGGUAGUACGUCAGCAGAGUCCUUUGCAACGGUCAAUGAGUCGGCCACAGAACACGUUUCCGUCAACGGUAGCACAUCAGCUGAUUCUUUUGCAACCGUAGAUGGUUCUUCUGCAGAUUCCUCUCAGGGCAUGCGCAGAUUUCCACCUCCACUUCAAGAACAGCCAGCGCCACCAGGUCCGACGUUAUUGUUAACAACUUCAACCUCCACCGAUUCAUCUCAGUCAUCGUUGUCACCUUCUCUCUCUCCUCGUUUUCGAUCUUUGCAGGCGUCACCUUUUGUGCCAACUGCUUCACCCAUUUCACCCUCUUCAUCAACAUCACUAACACCAAAUGCCUCAAACGAUCCAAACGUACAAUCAGUACAUGCAUCACCUGCAAAAACUUGUACAUCUUCUUCGACACAAUGUUCACCGUCAGACCUUCCAAACACCGAAUUCUUGCCUUCAAAUAUGUUAGGAACUCUCAUCGGUUUCGAUGCACUCUCUAUAAACUCUAUGAACAGAUAUUCCAAAGGGGAAACCUCACCAUCACACAGUAACGAAGUUGAAUGCGGUUCUUUUCCAAUUACCCCGGACGACAGUGUCAGCGAUUUGACGACACCCCGUCAUUCUUAUGCAGAAAGCAUGGUUGACCAGAUCAGUUUAAAUAGUACCAGUACAUCAGAUGGUAGCCAGCUCGCUGGAGAAUGCCCAUUUCUGUUCAAUUGUAAUGUGAGAAGGACUGUGAAACUCACCUUAUCCAGUACAUGCCCAACAUGCCAUAGAUCGUUAAUUGCAGAUUUUAAUCCCCGAAUGCCGCGCAAGUGUAGUUACGAUGGACUGUACUACUGUGAUAAACACCAUGUGGACGACAUUUUCUAUAUUCCGGCUGAAAUGGUUUUUAACUGGAAGUUUGAGAUGUUUAAAGUUUCACGCCAAAAUUACGAUUUUCUAAGGUCGUGGUUUGACCAACCAGUUAUUGACCUGAGUGCACUAUGUGCACGUCUACAUUACUAUGUCACACCUUUGAAUAACGUCCGGGUAAAUAUCUCGAUUCCUUCUUCCUCUCAAAACGUUAUUUCUUUAUACUUUGUACAUGCACUGGAGUUGUUGUAUGUGAUAAACUAG